AUGCGCUACUUCCUGGAUGGCGGAAUGGAAAUCUUCCAGAGCCGCUCCAACUCUUGUCUCUGUGUUUUCAGCCUGAUGUACGGACUACUGCUCCUCUAACAUCUCUCUCUCUCUUAAUCCACUGUCCCCUUGACAUGCUUCUCUUCUGGACUACAAGCUCAUCCAUCUGAAAGAGAGAGGAGGAGAAAAGAAAAAGGAAAACUGUUUCCUUUGGCUUGGUCGAACUUCAAAAGAAAAUAAAAAAAUAUCUCCAAAGGACUCGCUAAAGGAGGCGGACGAAAUAUAUUAAAGCGCGUCCAUUGCGCUUGCAUUGCUUGUCUGUGGGAGUUUUUUCUUUUCUUUUCUUUUCAGUCUCUCUCCACCAGGAGGAUAACUCUGUCAACAGUUGCCUUAUUCCAGAUCUCCAUGUAUACAGUGUGACAUGCGGAGGCUACUGCGACCGCGCUGCUGCUGCUGGUGGAUUCCGCCUCUGCUUUUCUCCUCGCUCGUGCUCCACUGGGCACACUGUCAUCCCGCAUUGGCUGAGGGGAACAAAGCAGGGGAUCAUGACCGGCCAAUCGGUGACAGGCAUCGUAGAGCAGCCGAAGAGUCCUACUGGGCCUACUCAGGGACGUACGGACCAGAUACAGGGUGGGCGGCAGCUUUUCCUGAGUGUCAGGAGAGAAACCAGUCGCCGAUCAAUAUAGCCGAUCAAGACACAAAGGUCUCGAUGGAGUACCAGGAACUCACGCUGGACGGAUUUGAUGCAGAGUCAUCCAACAAGACGUCAAUGAAGAAUACAGGGAAAACGGUGGCAGUUUUCUUGAAGGACGAUUAUUUCGUGAGAGGAGCCGGGCUACCAGGCCGCUUCAAAGCCGAGAAGGUGGAGUUCCACUGGGGCCAGAGCAACGGUUCCGAUGGCUCAGAGCACAGCAUCAAUGGCAGGAGAUUCCCUGUGGAGAUGCAGAUCUUCAUGUAUAACUCAGACGACUUUGACAGUCUUAACACAGCCAUACGGGAGAAGCGAGUAAUUGCGGCCAUGGCUGUCUUCUUUCAGGUGGGGAUGAAGGACAAUCCUGCAUUAGAUCCGAUUAUUCAUGGACUAAGAGGAGUGGUUCAUCAUGAGAAAGAGACAUUUCUAGAGCCCUUCGUGCUUCGAGAUUUAUUGCCGUCCUCUAUCGGGAGCUACUACCGUUACAUCGGCUCUCUGACCACGCCGCCCUGCAGUAAAGUGGUGGAGUGGAUCGUCUUCAGUCGCCCCGUGUUCCUCUCCUACAAACAGCUGGAAGCGUUCUACUCCAUCUUCACCACCGAACAACAGGAUCAUGUUAAAUCCGUGGAAUAUCUGCGGAACAACUUCCGCCCGCUUCAGAGUCUGGACAACCGGGAGGUCUUCAAAUCCGGCGUCAAAGACGCUUGGCUGCCUGACUUGACUGACAGCCUGGGGAACCCGUACGGUACUGAUGCUUCUAAAGCAUGCAGCAGCGCCCCGAUCAACAUGAACGUCCAGCACAUAAACAAGACGGCGCUAGUCGUUCGAUGGUCCCGUCCGGAGAUCACCUACGAUCCGCCCAUCAUCAGCUACCUCAUUUCCUACAGCUGGACCAGAAACGAUGAGUCAUACGAGGAGACGUACGUCAAAGGGAGCGAUCAGAAACUGGAAGCUGUCAUCACCCCGGUGUCGGCGGACGUGCUGUACCUGUUCCGCGUCCAGGCGGUGUGUUUGAACGACAAGCGCAGUGACUUCAGCCAGAGCAUGCUCUUCAGAGCCAACACCACCAGGAUCUUUGAGGGCUCAAGAAUAGUCAAAACUGGGAUGCCAACUGUGUCCCCAGCAUCCUCUGCAGACAUGGCGCCCAUCAGCUCCGGCUCCUCCACUUGGACUUCCUCUGGUCUUCCGUUCUCCUUCGUUUCAAUGGCCACCGGGAUCGGCCCCUCUUCCAGCGGCAGCCAAGCGACGGUGGCGUCUGUGGUGACCAGCACCCUCCUGGCGGGGUUGGGUUUCAGCGGCGGGGUCAUCUCCUCCUUCCCCAGCUCCGUCUGGCCCACCAGACCUCCGCCCUCCAGCCGCCAGACCCCGGCCAAACCUAUAGUGACCCCCACAGAACCAACCUCCUCACCGGCCUCCGACGCAGACACUACCACAGCCGCAGAGAACGACGCAUCUGACGACGGAGGAGACCAGGGAGGGAAGGGUGAGGAUGAGGAUGGAGAAAAGAACGGAGAAGAGGGAGAGGAUGAGGAGAAAGGUGCCGAGAGAAAGGACGGCAGAGUUGCAGACGAUGUUGAAAAGCAGACGAAUGGCUCCGCGACAAAACAUCCACCCACAGCAUCGCCGGAUUCGACAGCGAAAGAGAAAGGAGGACGCAGCCAGGCAGAAAACACCUCAGCGCCAUCUAGUGUCCCGGAGGAUCAUGUGGAGAAAAAUACACACGGAGUAAGAGAAGAUGAAGAGGAGACGGCAGUAAUAGAGACCCCAGACAACACGGCUCCCACCAGCAAACCCAGCGGAGGAGACCGCAAACACAUGCCUCCUUUCUCCAUACUCACAGAGCGUGCAGUAGUCUCCAGCAUGCACCCUGUGCCUGCUUCGGCCCGGAUGGAGUGGAUCAUUCCUCUGGUGACUGUGUCGGCGCUCACCUUCCUCUGCCUCGUUCUGCUGCUGGCCGUCCUCGUUUACUGGAGGAGGUGUUUCCAAACGGCUCAUUUCUACGUCGAGGACAGUAAUUCGCCCAAAGUUGUGCCCAAUGAGAGCAUCCCAGUCAUCCCCAUCCUAGAUGAUAUGGAGGCCAUCCCUGUUAAACAGUUCAUCAAGCAUGUAUCAGACCUCUACUCCAACAACCAGCACGGCUUCUCAGAAGGGUUUGAGGAGGUGCAGCGCUGCACAGCAGACAUGAAGAUCACAUCAGAACACUCCAAUCAUCCUGACAACAAGCACAAAAACAGAUACAUCAACAUCAUCGCCUAUGACCACAGUCGAGUGAAGCUCAGGCCUCUGGCAGGAAAAGACUUCAAACACAGUGACUACAUCAAUGCCAACUAUGUGGAUGGCUACAAUAAACCCAAGGCCUACAUUGCAGCUCAGGGUCCCCUCAAGUCCACAUUCGAGGACUUCUGGCGGAUGGUUUGGGAACAAAACACCUGCGUUAUAGUCAUGAUCACUAACCUGGUGGAGAAAGGCAGAAGAAAAUGCGACCAGUACUGGCCGACAGAGAACAGUGAGGAAUACGGUAAUAUUGUGGUGACUGUGAAGAGAACCAAAGUGAUGGCGUGCUACACACUCCGCGUCUUCUCUAUCAGAAACACCAAAGUAAGGAAGGGUCAGAAGGGUAACACUAAGAGCCGUCAGAGUGAAAGAACAGUUCUGCAGUAUCACUACACUCAGUGGCCGGAUAUGGGUGUCCCUGAAUACACAUUACCUGUGCUCACCUUCGUCAGGAAGUCCUCUGCCGCACAGACUCCAGAGAUGGGCCCCAUGCUUGUGCACUGCAGUGCUGGCGUGGGCAGGACAGGAACUUACAUUGUGAUUGACAGCAUGCUGCAGCAGCUGAAGGAUAAAAGCUCAGUCAAUGUACUGGGUUUCCUCAAACAUAUACGAACUCAGAGAAACUACCUGGUCCAGACGGAGGAGCAGUAUAUCUUCAUCCACGAUGCCUUGAUGGAAGCCAUUCUUGGGAAGGAAACAGAGGUACCCUCCAGUCAGCUGCACAGUUACGUCAACAACAUCCUGACGCCUGGCCCAGGGGGCAAAACACGACUUGAAAAGCAGUUCAAGUUGGUGACUCAGUGCAAUGCAAGAUUUGUGGAGUGCUUCAGUGCUCACAAAGAAUGCAACAAGGAGAAGAACCGCAACUCUUCUGUCGUCCCAUCGGAAAGAGCACGUGUUGGUCUCGCACCAUUGCCUGGGAUGAAAGGCACUGAUUACAUCAAUGCAUCUUAUAUAAUGGGUUACUACCGGAGCAAUGAGUUCAUCAUUACCCAGCAUCCCUUGCCUCACACCACUAAAGAUUUCUGGAGGAUGAUCUGGGACCAUAACGCUCAAAUCAUCGUCAUGUUACCAGACAACCAGGGCCUGGCGGAGGAUGAGUUUGUGUAUUGGCCGAGUCGAGAGGAAGCCAUGAACUGUGAGGCGUUUACAGUCACUCUCAUCAGUAAAGACAGACUCUGCCUCUCCAAUGAGGAGCAAAUCAUCAUUCAUGACUUCAUCCUGGAGGCCACACAGGAUGAUUAUGUUUUAGAAGUUCGUCAUUUUCAGUGCCCAAGAUGGCCAAACCCAGAUGCUCCCAUCAGCAGCACGUUUGAGCUCAUCAAUGUCAUUAAAGAAGAGGCCAUGACCAGAGAUGGACCCACUAUAGUGCAUGAUGAGUUUGGCGCAGUGUCUGCUGGGAUGUUAUGUGCUCUCAGCACACUGUCCCAGCAGCUGGAGAGUGAAGGAGCUGCGGGGGUCUACCAGGUGGCCAAGAUGAUCAACCUCAUGAGACCAGGAGUCUUUACCGACAUUGAACAGUACCAGUACCUUUACAAAGCUAUGCUCAGCCUGAUAAGCACUAAAGAGAACGGAUCCAGCCCCAUGUCCCUGGACAGAAACGGCAGUGUGGCCAUGUCUGAGGAAUCGGACGCGGACGAAAGCAUGGAGUCGCUCGUCUAAAGCCCCCCAAACAGGCACGAAGAGGCACUUAAUCAAACUUUGUAAAACUUCAAGGACUAAGACAGACUUUUUCUGAGGCCUUUUUUGCCAGAACUCUUGGUUAAAAGAAUAACCUGAUAACUUUUUUACACUGAUAAAAAGUUUUUGAUAUUUAUUUUUUUCGCCAUUUUAUGUCUUAAAUGUUAUCCUACUGAACAUUUGCACCGACGUUUUUUGAGUUCGCGACAAACAAAACGAAACAGCUCUGUCUAGUUUGCACUAUGGAAAUAUCAGUGUUACUGCCUACUCCACCGUCUAGACCACAGUCAGUCUCUCUCACUCACUUCAAUUCUCACUGUCAAGCCCUUAUUUUCACAUUUCAUAAUAAAGCUUUAGAAACAUCUGCCACAAACGAAAACGGUCUCCACGCACACCUCAGAUGCUGGAAACAGAGAUUAUUCCCAUGUCCAACUUUCAAAACGUCAGAUUCACAGACGAUGUUAGUUUUGAUUUCUGUUCGCUUUGAUCAUUUCGCGCACCCCGUGUAGUAUAUUUACUCAUUAUGCUUCUAGUUAAACCCAUAUUUACUUUCAGAAGGUGGUAUUAAAACAGCUACUGUGAACUUUUGUAUGAUUCAUAUUCUGCUUUUAAUAUAUAAGAAUAUAUGGUAUAUCAUGAUAACUUGUGCUUUUGUAAAUGUUAACUGUCUCUUUGAGGAGCGGUCACAGUCUCUUCUUUAUGUUGAAUGAUCCACAGAGCCCUUGACUUCUCUAGCACCCCCUGCUGGUUUGAUUUCUCCAUUGCUUUAUGCUGCAAGCUGCUACUUUUAUCACUUGAGUGCAACUGAGCGUGUACUGACAUCAUGCAACUCAUAAUGUAGUUAAUUCUGUUAUUUGCCCACUUAAUUUUGUAAUUUUAUCUCUACUUUCGUCCUGGGUUUUUUUAAUAGUUCACUGACAUAAGCCGUCCCAUAACUUUGAGGAAAAUGCAUACAAGUCUCUCGAUGCCUUCUGUACAGUCUCAUUUCACCUCGCCAGGUGUGUUUAUGUGUGUGUGAUACAAGUGUGUGUCGUGUUUGGUAUUGACUGGUUUUACUAGAAACUUGUAGACUCGAGCAUUUCUUCACCAAACUGACCUCUUUUAAUGUCUCUCAUUUCUUCUUAAUGAUUCUCAGAUACUGCUAGGAAAUACAGUUACUGUAAUAUCAUAAACGGUUGUCUCAUGCCAUACAGCAUAAAGGCCUUGCUAACAAAACAUUAGAAUCAGUCUUAUCGCUUCAAAAACCUGUGGAGGACCCAUGAUUCAUUAAUUUUUACCAAAGACUACAACUGUCGUUCACUUCAGUCUUGAAGCCUGAGGACGUUUUUAUUUUUAUUAUUGGGUAAAGCAGUCUUAAGAAGAAUGUUUUUUAAAAUGUGCACAGACAAAAUCAUGUUUUUGUUAUGUUUUGUUUUGCAUUUUUGUUUUGCUUGGCUUUUUGUUGUUUUUAUUAUUACUUUUGCUUUGCGUUUCUGUGUUUUGUUUUGCUUGGUGUUUUUUUUUUUCUUUGUUUGAUUUUGUGUUGAUUUUGUUUUUGCUUUUAUGUUUUUGUGUUGCAUUCUGAGUGUUUGUUUGUUUUAUUUUGGUCCAAGAUGCUUCACUAAACAUUUGUUUGUUUGACAGGUCACCCUUAUUUUGUUUGUGUUUUUUCUGUUCCUAUAGUAAAACGAAUGAGAAUGUACACUAUUACUAAUUUCUUUUGAUGUGAAGAAGAAAGCUGGAGCUGUUUUGUUUAACUUCUUUAGAAAGACUGACAGUUAUGCUGUUGAGAUGGAGAAGACACACACUGAAGAUUUUUUUUCAGUUCAUGUCUUGUUUCUCCUAAGAAGGAGGCUGGAAAAUAAGUCACAUCUCUCCAACAUUUGGGGUAAUAUUCUGACUUUGCUUGUACAUCACAUGAGAUAACUGGAGCUGACAGGUUGUAUAAAUCUUUUCUAACAUUUAUGUCCUGUGGUGUCCCUUUUUUUUUCCUUUUCUUGCUCUAGCAUUUGCAAACAUAAUUUCAUUAUCAUGUUAAAAAAUGUACAGUUUAUAUCUUUUGUUGCUUCAUUAACCCAUCAGUCUCUAAAAGCUUUGUAUCCUGGUAAAUAGUUGCAAUCUUUUAUAUUUUCAUAUGAAUACAUUUUGUUUGUUUGUUUUUUAGUUCUCGUUGGUGGUUAACACAAUAUGUCCCCAAAUCCUUCAGAAGGGGGCACAUUCCAAACACACACCAAUCAUAAACUUAAGGCAGUGUCUUUUUUUUUUCUUUUUUUUUCUUAUUGAAUCAAAACAAAAUCUGUUUCAUCGUCCAGAAGUGCAAUAGAUCUUGUAAAUCAAUUAAUACGCUUCAAAGCAGGUGGGUGUCACCAUCCUAUUCACUUUUUCUAAUCUGGUAUAACACAAGGAGGAUUUUGUUGUUGUUGUUUUUCAUUUUUCAUGAAGGGUUUCUUUCUUUCUUUCUUUUUUGUUGAAAGCUAUAUCAAAGCAUUCUAUUAAAGUGUUAUUUAAUAUGUAAAUUGUAUUGCUAUACAUAAAAUAAAAUGAGUUUUGAUGUACUUUAA